AUGGAGUCAGUCCAGCCUGAAAUACUUGACCAAAUUGUGGUGUUGAAAAAACGCAAAAUUGCCAUUCAGGACCGGAUCAAAGACGGACGGAAAGAAUGGAGGGCACAAGCUUCGUUCGACAUGGUAUUCUGGACGCAAGCGGUUAAAAUCGAAGAGCUUGAGCUUAAACGCCAUGAUAUCGACAGAAGAAUCUCCAUUUCCAUGUCUGGCGUCAGCGAAUCACAAUGGAGGGACACUCCUCAAGCCCAGCGAAUUUUUGAGCAGACCAGAGCCUCCGAGCAGACGAAGCGAAGCUACGAAAAGCGCAUUGAGCAAUUUGGUCACCAGCGGAAUCCGAUUCGAGCGACAUUUAUGAGGCUCUUUACGACCUCAAAGCUUGGGCUCGAUAUCUCAACCACGGGCGCCGGCGCAAGAAACCCGCAAGAACAGUCAAAAUUCAGAGAAGCCCUAAUCGAGUCACACCAAGCCAAACAACCAGUCACCGAUUAUCUCUGGUGUCCUAUUAUGGGGGAAUACCUCGACGAUGACGCUGUUAUCGCAGGACAUCUUUUUCCCUGGAAACAUGGGCAAAAGAAUAUGGAUGCGAUCUUCGGAGAACAAGCUGAACCUGAGCUUUUUUCACCACGCAAUGGGCUACUUAUUGCUCAGCACAUCGAGAAAGUCUUGGAUAUCGGCAAAUUGGCCAUUGUCCCGUACAUUUCUGAAAGCACGGGCUUUUGCUUGGACAAUAUCAAAAGCUGGAUCGCGAACCAGCAAAGAGAAUACCAGGUUAAGAUCUUGGAUCCAAAAUGGGACAGACUGGAUACUCGCAUUUACAGCUUCAGCUCACUUACGUUCAGAGACCUCGAUGGCCGCAAGUUACAGUUCCUCUCUUCAUUCCGACCAGCAGCACGAUAUGUUUAUUUCCAUUACUGCAUCCAGGUGCUGCGACUUGCUUGGCAACAUAAUGAAGCAAAGAGUGGUAGAAAAGCUGCAGAUGCUCUAAAGGAUGAGAACGGCAAGCCAUUUUGGGGCACACCUGGUAGAUAUCUGCCAAAGAACAUGCUCUUGGCAUUUGUUGAAGAGCUUGGGCACGAGUACAAAUCUCUUCUCGAUGGAGCAGCCUCCAUCAAGAAAGGGGACUCUGACCUCCUUUUGAAUAUUGCUGCGAAUCAGGUGAAAUCGCGUCCGUCUAUUUUAGUUAAGUCUUGGGAGCAGGAAGACUUGGGAUUGGACUCAGACUGUGAUGAUUCUUUUCAGGAAGACUUGAGAUUGGACUCAGACUGUGAUGAUUCUUUUUAG